AUGAAGAGAAAACCCAGAGCUCCAAAGCCGAAGCCUUUCUUGGCGACUCUGUCGGCUAAAUCCGGGCCGACCCUGAUUAAGUACUUGGCCUCCUGCAACGCCUCGGUGAGAUCCCAAACCCUAAACCUAAUUCAAGAUUGGUUGUUGCAGUCGGAAGCUCAGGUCGCCGAGGAUGACAUGAUGAAGCUGUGGAAAGGCCUGUUUUAUUGCCUCUGGCAUGCGGAUAAGGCCCCUGCUCAAGGUUCACUCGUUGACCGACUCUCUUCCUUGCUUGUUUCCCUUGACCCUGUUAUUUCUUUGCAGUAUUUUAGUUUUUUCUUUGUUACUCUGCGGCGUGAGUGGACCGGCAUUGACCGUUUGAGAUUGGAUAAGUUUUACUUGCUUGUUAGGAGGUUUGUGAAUUGUUUUUUUGGUUUGAUGAGGAAACACAAAUGGGAUUUGGAGUAUAUGGGGAGAUUUUUUGAGGUGUUAGAGGACAAGGCGCUUUUGGCAAAUGAUAAUUUGCUGGGAAAUGGGGUGAAUUAUCAGGUCGUUUCAGUUUUUCUUGAUGAGUUAAAGGGUUUUAAGGUCCCAUUGAAUAGGAAAGAAGUGGUGGAGUGUUUGUUCAGGCCGUUCUUUAGGGUGAUGGAGAAAUCUUUGGAUAAGAUAUUGGUUGGUAAAGUGAAGAGUUUUGUGUUUGAUUCUUUGUUGGAUAAAGGAAAGACUUUGUUGAAGCAGAGGAAGAAUGGAGAUGAUGGUCAAGAAGGUGGGGAUGGGGAUUUGUUGCUGGGAAUUAUUGCUUUAAAGAUGGAGUUUUCAGGGAGGUUCUAUGAGCUGGGCUCAUCCCCUGAUAUUGUUCAGGGAAAUAGGAAGGUAGUUCUUGGUUUGCAUGAAGAUUUUUUGAAGCUUGAGAGGCAGUUAGAAGCAUCAGGGGUUGAUAUUGAGAUACCUGAUGUUAGUGAGAUUGAUGAGAUUGAUGGGGAAGAGGUGCCUCAGUUGAUUCCUUUACAUACUGAUGGUAAGAACGAAGUUGAUAUGGUGCACGAUGCUGAGGCUGUGAAUCAAGAGAAGGGAAAUGUGAAGAAGAAGAAGAAGGGUAAGAAAGCAGGGGUUGAACAAGGUAAGAAGAGGAAAAAGAAUAAGAAUGGAGUAAUUGAAAAUGGUAAUGUAGGUGGGUCGGCGAACUUUACUUUAGGUAGUGAUACUUAUUUGGAGAAUGGGAAUGCAGUCUCCUCAAAUGGUCAUGAGACGAGCAAUGGUGUAAAAGAUGAUGAAAAUAUGUUGGAUCUCAGUGAGUCAGUUAUGUCAAAUCUUCAGGCUGAAUUUGAGAAGGUAGCUGCAGCUGGUUCUGGUGAGGCAAGUGAUGACUUGCCUUUGCUUAAAAUGAAAAAGAAGAGAAAGAGGGCCAAUAAGCCGAAAGAUUUGGAGGUUAGCACACGGGAUGAGGAUGGACAAGAUACUGGUGCACAGAACUCAUCAAAAAGUGCAAAGAAAGUCAGGUUUGCUAUGAAGAAUAACUUGGUCUGGAAACCGCAUAGUCCAUUGCCACCCCAAGAUCUGCGGAUACCUCCGUCUGUUACUCCUAGGGGUAGUGCUCUGAAAAAAGGAGUUCCUCCUGGUCCCAUCAGAGAAAUGCCUCCUGCAACCAAGAAAAUGAAGAAGAAGAAGGGAAGAAAGAUAUUGAAGACGAUUUCACCUGCUGUGAAACGGUUGAGAAGGGUUAAACCUUUGCUUUGA